AUGUUUGAUUGUUAUUUUAGAUUAGUGUUCUUCAUAGCUAUAAUUAUACACAAUUCUCAGACUCAGGAAACAGAUUCCGUAAAUGAUGAAAAGGAUAAAAUUGACUUCGAGGGAUUUCGAGGUUAUAAAUACUCUACUGAAGCUGCAGUAGAGGCAAAUAUGUAUACACUGGUAGGAGAUGGUGCUUUUGUGUUUCCUUCUGAAUUAAAGCCGUUGGAAAAUAGCAUUCACUUAGCAUACACUUCUACAACACAGGCGGAUAUAGAUAACACAGAUCCACAAGGGAAUGUUAAGUUCUGCGAGACAACAGUUUACGGCUGCUGUUUGGACGGUGAGACUCCAGCGCAUGGGCCUCAGAACGAAGGCUGCUGUUUGCGAUCCAGAUUCGGUUGCUGUCCCGAUAACUAUAAGCCGGCUGAAGGAACGCAUCUUGAAGGCUGUAGCUGUAUGAAUGCCCACUUUGGAUGCUGCCCAGAUAAUGUAACAAUCGCUCGAGGAACUAAAUACGAGGGUUGUGGCUGUCAAUACUCUCUCCAUGGCUGCUGCCCUGACAAGCUCACUCCAGCCACUGGUGUAGACUUUGAAGGUUGUGGAUGCCAUACGUAUCAGUUUGGAUGUUGUCCUGACGGUAUCACCAUCGCCAUAGGGCCAUAUCUACUGAACUGUUUCUGCCAAGAAACUAUAUACGGUUGCUGUGGAGAUGCUGUCACCGAGGCUAAAGGACCCAAUAAAGAAGGAUGCGAUUGUUCUAGUAGCAAAUAUGGAUGCGAUGCUGAUGGUAUUACUGAGGCUGGUGUCUACAAGUUUCAAAAUAAUACAGUCAUACUAAAUAUAAAUGAAGAUGAAUGUAACCUCUCUCUGGAGCGUGGUUCGUGUGCUGGUAACUUUCUCCGCUGGGGCUACGAUCCCAACUCGCGCCGCUGCUCUCAGUUCAUUUGGGGAGGUUGUGGUGGUAAUACCAACAGAUUCAACUCAGAAGCCGCCUGCAUGCAUCGGUGCAACCCUCCAGGCGCUCUACAAGCGGAAUGCAUUCUUCCACAAGAGGCAGGCAACUGCACUGAAAAGCGGCCUGUCUGGUCUUUUAGUCAGACUAGCAACAAAUGCGUGCCCUUCCAUUACACAGGCUGUGGAGGCAACGUUAAUCGAUUUAACAGUGUAAAAGAGUGCGCCAGCGCAUGUCCAAAACAGAAGGAAGACAUAUGCACUCUUCCUCUUCUAUAUGAAAAAUGUGAUCACUGUGACCCGCGUUGGUUUUAUGACAUAACGACUAGAAGGUGUAGAAUGUUUUUCGGAAAUGGUAGAAAUGCAAACAAUUUUGGCAACAAAGAAACGUGCAUGAAUCAAUGUGAAGAAAAAUUCGGGUUAGAAAUUGUGCGUCCCGAGACAGAAAAGCCCAGCGUCUGUCAGCUGGAACGAAAUAGUGGGCCGUGCUCUGAUACCUUAAAUCGAUGGGGUUAUGAUACUCAGAGAGAUGCCUGUGUGCAGUUCCAAUACGGGGGUUGUGGGGGCAACAAGAAUAACUUCCCAUCAAAGGAGAUGUGCCAUCGCCAAUGCAUGUUGCAAGAUAUAUGCAAACUACCUACAGUCAAAACUUCUUGUAAUAGUAGUGGCACUGAGUGGUUUUAUGAUGCAGCUACUGACUCCUGCACCCUUUUUGGUGAAAAUAUUUGUGGAAACAAUGAAAAUAGUUUCGAAACACUGCUGGAUUGCGAACGUCGGUGCAAAACAGGAACAUUUGUUGAGUACGAAGUCGAAUUUCCGCGUUUUAUAGCGAGUAUUUGUGAGAUAUCCACCAAUCUAGAGGAGUGUAAGAAACCUGGCAAGGUUUGGUACUUCAAUGUGACUAACGGGACUUGUGUUUCCUUUGACAAUGCAGACUCUGGACGCUCAUGUAGGAUCACAGCUACGUUUGCUUCUGAAGAAGGUUGUCAGAGAGAAUGUGGAUUUUACCAAGAUAUAAAUGUUUGCAGCUAUCCGAAGGACUCGGGGCCCUGUCAUGAGACUGUAGAAAAAGUAUACUAUAAUUCAGAAGAGGCUCGAUGCGAAAACUUUAUUUAUGGCGGAUGCCGCGGCAGUCCUAAUCGCUUCUCUAGUAUUAAGGAGUGUAACUAUAUAUGUAGACCACAUGCAAAUCCUUGUCAGCUAAAUCCUGAUGUAGGAGAUUGUACGGACCACAUCGCUCAAUGGUACUAUAACGAAGUUGAAGAUAAAUGUUUUAAAUUUAUUUACAGUGGAUGCAAAGGAAAUAGUAACAGGUUCCAAACACAAGAAGAUUGUGAAAAAAAAUGUCUCCAUAACGAAUUACGCGCUUUUUUGUGA